AGAAAAGUCACUUUAUCCAGCUCUGAAAUACUGACAUAGAGAAGACUUCUGCUCACUUUGACUCAAAGAUUUCCGACAUGCCUUCAGUGGGACUGGAGAUACUUGGAGUGGGUCUAGCUUUCCUGGGAUGGAUCUCAGCCAUUGUGUCCUGCGCCUUGCCCAUGUGGAGAGUGUCAGCUUUCAUCGGGGUGAACAUUGUCACAGCGCAGACCACUUGGGAAGGCAUCUGGAUGAACUGUGUGGUCCAGAGCACGGGUCAGAUGCAAUGCAAAAUCCACGACUCAAUGCUGGCUUUAUCCGCAGACCUUCAGGCCGCCCGCGCUCUUACCAUCAUCUCCAUUGUGCUGGGCAUUGUGGGAAUCAUGGUGGCCAUUAUGGGGGCAAAAUGCACCAACUGUGUGGAUGAGGAGUCGGCCAAGGCUCGGGUGAUGAUAGCCGCCGGGGUAGCCUUCCUCCUGGCCUCUCUGACCCAGCUGAUCCCUGUGUCGUGGUCAGCCCAUUCUAUCAUCAUCGAGUUCUACAGUCCAAUCAUACCUGAGGCACAGAAGAGGGAGAUAGGGGGGGCUCUUAUGUCUAUUGGGCUGGAGUUGAUAGGCAUCUCCCUUUGCAUUUUGGGAUGGAUUAUUGCCAUUUUAGCGUGCGCCCUGCCUAUGUGGAGGGUGACGGCCUUCAUCGGCAGCAACAUCGUGACGGCUCAGAUCAUCUGGGAGGGCCUGUGGAUGACCUGCGUGGUCCAGAGCACGGGCCAGAUGCAGUGUAAGGUCUACGACUCCAUGCUCGCCCUCUCCCAAGACCUCCAAGCGGCCCGCGCCCUCACAGUCAUCUCCAUCCUGUUAGCCAUCCUUGCGGUGCUCAUCGGCAUCGCCGGGGCCAAGUGCACCAACUGCAUCGACGACGAGGCAUCCAAGGCCAAGGUGAUGAUCGUCUCCGGGGUGUUCUUCAUCGUUUCAGGGGUCAUGCAGCUCAUUCCUGUCUCCUGGACGGCUAACACCAUAAUCAGAGACUUCUACAACCCUUUACUCACCGACGCUCAGCGGAGGGAGCUGGGGGCCGCGCUGUACAUCGGCUGGGCGGCCGCUGCCCUCCUGAUUCUAGGAGGAGGAUUGCUCUGCUGCUCGUGUCCUCCUCGUGAAACCAGAUACAACCCUUCAAGAAUGGCUUACUCUGCCCCUAGGUCCGCAGGUGGCCCAGGGUUAGAAAGGAAAGACUAUGUCUGAAUGGAGAAAGGAAAAGGAAGAGACAUCAUUAAAUCACAAACCUGCUCUGCUCACCAAACUGAUGGUGUACUGAGGAAAAGAGCUGAAGAAACAAGGAGACUCUGUGAUGAAGGAUGUGUUUGAUUUUGCCUUUAAUGUUAAGUAUCUCUGAUUAGACACUUUGUUUUUCAGAGACUGAAAAAGCAUGCGAAAGACAUUGGAGUGAAAAUCUCCUUAUUUUGAAGAAAAAAAGCUUUCUACGUCUUUUUUAAGGUGAACACGCUAAAAGUUAUUGUUACAAUCAGAAUGCAAUUCUAUACUUUUUAUACAGUUCUGGCACCUAAAUGUUUACUACUGAUUUUUUUUAAUAAAAAACGCCAUCAUGGUUAAGCUUUAUAUCGAGGCACUGCUGACUACAUUAUGAAAGACUUGGGUGUGUUCAAUUUGACGAGGGUUAUCAACUAUAUGAUAUUCUGUAAAUACUGUAGUAAGAGUAGGAUUAAUCACCUGUAAAUGAGAUCACAGAUGAUAACUUGCAGCUUUUAGUGCAGUGUUGUAAGGUUGGGGAAGGGUAGGCAUGGUAUGGAGGGGAGUGGGUUUGACAAAGUGUGCAGAGAAGGAGUCAUAAGCUCCUUGCUUCAUCCAUGACAGGAAUAAUACCUGCCUGAUAUACAAAACUGAAGUGUAUGUAUCAUUCUUUUUAGUUUUUUUUAAUAAACACAAUUUUUU